AUCACUCCAUUGUUGAGCUACAAUUUUCUUCUUCUCUCUAUUUUCUUGUCUCAAAACACAAUAAUAGCAACAAAAAUAUGAAGUGGAUAAUUUGUAAAAAUUCAUUGAAAGCACUAAUACCAGUGGUGCUAAUGGUGUUCUGUCAGAUUGGAUAUGCUGCUGUGAAUAUAAUGUACAAGCUGGCCAUAAAUGAUGGGAUGAGCAUGAGGGUAGCCGCCGCCUACCGCCUCUGUUUUGCGGCGGCUUUCACUAUUCCGCUUGCUAUUAUCUUUGAUAGGAAGGAGAGACCAAAGAUUACUUGGAAGGUUCUUUAUAUGGCAUUUCUUUGUGGAUUGUUUGGGGGAAGUUUACUUCUAAACCUUUAUGGCCUGGGAUUGACUUUGACUUCAGCAACGUUUAUGUUGUCCAUGCUCAACCUUGUUCCAGGAGUAACCUUCAUCAUGGCUAUAUCCUUCGGAUUGGAAAAGCUAAAUUGGAGAUUAGCAGAGGGAAAGGCCAAGAUAAUAGGAACAAUAAUUAGCAUUGGAGGGGCAAUGCUAAUGAUAUUUUACAAAGGAGUGGAAAUUAAUAUUUGGAAUUCCAAUAUAAACCUUAUGCAUGACCAAAAUGGGAUUGUGGAACCAAUACCUGUCAACUUUAGUAGUAAACUCUUGGGUGUUCCAUGUGGCAUAGGAAGUUGUUGCUCUUUUUCUUUGUGGCUAAUUAUCCAGACUAAGUUGAAUGAAGAAUAUCCAAGUCAUCAUUCUAGCACAGCUUUGAUGUCUACUAUGGGAGCAAUACAAUCAAUUGUUCUUGCUCUAUGUGUCGAUAGAGAAUGGAGCAAGUGGAAGCUUGGUUACGAUAUCAGACUUCUCACUAUUGUUUAUUCGGGAGUUAUAGCUUCUGGAUUAUUGAUUGUUGUUAUUGCUUGGUGCAUAAAGAUAAGAGGUCCUUUAUUUGCAUCGGUUUUCAAUCCUCUUCAGCUUUUACUUGUGGCUAUAUCUGCUUAUUUAUUGUUGGAUGAGAAGUUAUAUUUAGGAAGUGUAUUUGGAGCCGUGUUGAUCGUAUGUGGCAUAUAUGCAGUGAUUUGGAGCACGAGCAAAGAAAUGGAAAAUAAGAAGAAGUUAUUAUCAUUAGAAACCAACAUUAAGUCAGAAAAAGUAUAACUUGUUAUGCCCAAUUUAUACAAGUGAAAGAAAAAUUACAUGAAGUGAAAGAGAAAUUAUAUUCCACCAUUAUCAUUUUACAGUCUAAUAAAUUAGAAUGCAUUCAUUCAUACAUACAGUUAAGGGAAGAACUUAACUUGUGUUUUUUAUGAAUAGAAAUGCAAAAAUAGAAAAUGCCUAAGUACUCAAUCCAGGAAGUGAACACAAUACAAAAUAUAGAUCGGAGACCAUCACUCAAACCUUCAACAAUAAACAAUGUUGAAGAACGUAUAAUAGGUUUAUAUUGAGGGACACGAAACCUAGUUGUCGAUGACGCUGUAUAAAGGCAAUUUAAUGUGUUUUAGAAAUCUUAUAUAUAUUGUAAGUAUUGUCUAUUAUUGAUUAAGUGUGUCAUUAAUUCUUUUGUUACUUAUACAUUUCAUAUAUUUAUUGUGAUAUUUUUAAA